CCAACGUAUGAAAUGUUAUAAUAAAGCAGGUCAAAUGAAAGUGAAGGAUAUUGAAUCAUGAUGUACACACUACACGUACUAACUCUGGCAAUAUGCAUUGGACUCUGCUAUACUUUCAUGAUCAAGGAAAUCAUUUAUCAACAAAGAAUGUGUGAUACAGCAAAUGAUUGCUAUGACAACGAAUGUUGCGUUUCUGACGUCCAGCCAAUCGGAAAACGACAAAUUAGGCACAACAAUGGACACUGUGUUCCUAUGGGACGUAUUGGGGAUGGAUGUAUGGUUAAGUUCGGCAACACGACAUCCAGACCAAGUCACAUGGUACUUGCCUGUCCCUGUACUCCAGGAUUGUAUUGUCACGGUGAUCACAGAUACGAAGUACCCUUGGGAGAAAUAGGUCACUGUUCCACUCCCUGAGCUGUGUAUCUACUUCCAUUAAAACUGGAACGAGUGAAAGACCCAUUAAACAUACUUAUUGUCUUCGUAAAA